AUGGCCUCCUUUCUUCGUGGUCAAAGGGUUCCCAUUUUCUUCUUGUCAUUAGAACUUUUCUUAGCUUCCGUGGAAGGUAAGUGAUGCGAUUUAGUUCUUUUAAUUAAAAGUUAAACGUUUCCGUUUAAAUAUAUCUUUCGCUUACUUUAUAUCAUGUCUUGUUAUACGAACAAAUUCUAAUUUUCAAAGAAUGGAACGAGUGUGGUUAUGAAUUUUAUCCUCUGCAAGUGUCUUUAGCUAAUUUCUGCCCCUUUUUCAACCAUUUUCAAUUAUAGAAUAAUAUAUAGAUAUAAAUACAUUUUAAAUUUGUAUGCACAUAUUCUCAACUUAAAUCUAUUUUGGCAGAUUCGUUCUUUAACUUAGCUGUUAAUUUAUUCUUUAAGAAAUGUUGCAAUUUCUGCCCAACUGGGUUUCAAAACUCUUCUAUCAAAUGAAACGCUUACCUUCUGCAUGAAUGCUCUUUGAAUUUCUAAAAUAAUAAAAAAAAACAACAUAUAUUUAUUACCCAGAGGGGUAAUACGUACGUCCCGCAAGGAUAUUGCUGUUUCAGGUCAUAAUCACUUCUGUGAUGAUGAAUACUUAGUGCUUUUUAAAUUUGUUCAAGCUCAAUAUACUCCUAUAUACUGGUUAUGAAGAUAUCAAACAAGUAAAGGUGGAGAAGUGACGGCGACGGAACGAAAACGGCAAAAAAUCAAUAGGUUCAUAUUGGUAAAACAACAACUUUGCACCUGCAUCACGCUUUUUUGUACAUUUCUUAGCCGUCGUAGCACGACCACGACGUGAAUCUUCCGAAUUUCACGCGUCCGCUUUAUAAACUAGGUGAACACGACACAAUUUCUUGGCAACGUGACGUAACUACCUCUCCUCUCUAUUACAGCAGGGAUGACUAAUAACUUUCUUGGUCAUUUUUCCAUGCAUAGGUUUAAAACUUGAAAAAUCCCAUCAGUGUCAAGUUUCAUGCCCAUACUUGCCAUCCGUUGCAAGAGACGACAAGAAAAAGUUUGCCUAAAACUAAAUACACGUUUUAUAGCAGUUUUUAAAAGGGUAGCAGAUAGCGUGAAGUAAACCCAGUAACUGCUUAGCAUUGAGAUGAUGAAUAUGAUGCUUGAUAAUCUUUAUUGAGGAUGCCAACUUCACUUAAUUAGUGAUUUACAGCAGGGGGUGCUCUUAGACUAAAAUCAUUAACGAAAAUAACAAUUUACAUGAUAUUGAAGUUUAAAAAAAAUUACACGAUGAAGUUUAAAAAAUGGUGAAAGUUUAAAAAAAAUUACAUGGUUAUAAAAGUUGAAAACAUGAAAUAGACAUCAAUAAAAACUAAGAAUCUCAAAUCACUUAAAUUAUAAACAUAUAUUUAAUAAAAUACAAGUAUGUAAGCUACUUUUCAAUUGAAAAACAAUCGCUUCCAAAUAAGUACCUUUCAAAAUCUGUCCGGAACUGGAUGUCACAAAAGAGUUGUCAUCUAUUCAGCAGAGCAACAUGAGCUCUAGGCUAAGCUCUCUCCUCCCUCCACGGCCUACUUGUAUUUUCAUACAUUCUCCGCGUUUGAAGUCAUUUCUGGUGCCAAAGUAAACCAGUUUCAACAUAAACUGACUCUCGUUUCAGUCUACAACAACACAACGGUACAUAAAUGUUUCACUAUUAACUACCCCAUUUACCCCCGAUUUACAACAGUGCUGGAUCCAGACUGGAUCCAUCCAUCCAUCGCACUUUGUAAUAAACUAAGCUGUCGCAAUUUGUAAUAAUUCUAUCGCACUUUGUAAUAAACUUAAAUUGUUUUCUUUGGUCAAACAUGCGUGUCUUCCGACGUAAAUUUUUCUGCCCUAAUUAAUCACGUGACCAACGAGAAUCGCUUUUAUGAAAGACAUCAAACUUUCUGUGACAUGUCACCAAAAAAAGAUAUGAGUCAUUUCAUAUAUUUGAAUUCAAAAAUUUUUAAUUAACAAAAGCAACAUUUAACAACAGAAAAUUCAUGAAUAACCUGGCAUUCGCCGUCCCAAUCCAUGUUUGCUCGCCACGUGACACUUGAAGUCUUCUGGGUGGAAAUUAAAUGCCUUUUAAUAAGGGUCAUUUGUGUCUAGUGUGUCUAGGUUCUGUACUCUGACAACGCUCUGUCCAGCGGCACAUUCCCAUAUUGGCCAUAUAAGGGAGUACGCCCGGCAGGUAACCAUUGCAUGCAAACCAUCCAAUACAAUAGCAAAGUUUAAGAAUACAGAAUUUCGUACGUCAGAUAACUUAUCAACAUUAAUUUUUUAAAAAAAUGUUUAGGACCGUGAAUAAGUUAACUGGUUUGAAUGAGCGCCGGUAUAAAUUUUAAAAGUAAUUUUGUAAGUUACGUUCUUGCAGAUCGAGACGUCCUCAUCUUUGUUUACGAGGUACCAUUGAUAUUUCGGCAUUAUAUUAAUGUUCACGAAGUAAGUUGAAUCACGCUCAAAACAUUAUUACAAAGUGUGAUGGAAUUAUUACAAAUUGCGACAGCUUAGUUUAUUACAAAGUGCGAUAGACAGUUAUUACAAAUUGCGACUGGUAUUACUGCGAUGAUUACAGUCGACUCCCGAUAACUCGAACCCUCGCUAACUCGAGCCUCGCGCUAACUCGAACCAAAAUCGAUUUCCCUUGGAUUUCCGUCAUUCAUUCACUUUAAUUUUUGCCCUCGGUAACUCGAACCCUCCGGAUAACUCGAACUCCCGUUAACUCGAACCAUUUUCGUUUCUCCUCAGGUCAUUUUCUAUAUAAUUUUACCCCCGAUAACUCGAACCAUUUUUUGAGCCCUUAAAAAGUCGGAAAAAAAGCCGUAUACUGGCGUCCGAAACAUUGAAUUUUGGAUUUCCUAUUGACGAGUUGUAGGAGUAUAGUUUACUAGUGGAAGCUGAUGUCAAUUGUCACAGGCUAACGUGAAAAAAAAAAAAAACAGUAAAACGCAUGCUCUAUAUAGGCUAUCUUUUGUUACAUUAGGUUCUGAUUUAUAAUCUAGAAUUAUCUUUUAAUUUUCACUUGACAUUUCUACAAUCAAAUGUGAUUAAAAUGUUCACUGUGCAGUAAGAACUGUUUCUUACCUUACUGUAGGCUAUUUUCUUCGAACUCCCGAUAACUCGAACCUUUUUUCUAUUUCCCUUGAAGGUUCGAGUUAUCGGGAGUCGACUGUAUUACAAAUUGCGACAGUACAGCUAGGGCGUUCUCCAAAAAAAUUUUUUCGGCCCUUCGGGUCUCAGUGUGGUCUAAAAAUAAAUGGGGGGGGGGGGCCCCUUUCCCUAGAUCCGCCACUGUACAACCCUAUAAAAUUAAGGAUGCUAAUGCAGUAUUUACCAUCUUUGUCCCCCCUUUGCAGCAUAUAUUUGCCCAGAGCAAAUUUGAUCUACUUUUUUUUGUGCAGUGUUUUGUUCAUGUGCGUGGACGGAUGUUGACUGUUUCAGGUGAAUGUCGAGAACUGCGGUUUCCAGCUUCCUUCUCCUUUACCGCCAAACGUCUGCAGAACCACGCAAUAAGAACUCAGCAGGUCCCAGAUGUAGGUUUCUGCGAGAUACUUUGUUUGUGGGAAUCUAGCUGCGUCAGUAUUAAUUUCGAAGAGAAAACAAGGAGCUGUGAGUUGAACAAUGCAACUCAUCGAGGGUAUGGUUAUCACCUGGAGGACGAUGCCGACUACGUAUACCAUGGAGCAGAUGUAAGAGUACAUCAUAAGAUUUAGACUUAGAUUUAGAUUUAGCCAAACCAAAAGCGAAGCUCUCGUGGGAAUUUUGAAAAAAUGUCUUUCUGAAGUGAAGUUGUUUAAGCCUGCGAUCAGUUGAAUACCAUAACCGGGAUGCGGAAAAAUUAAAUAAAACACGUCACCUCAAUGAAUUUUUCACCUGACCCUGCGAUAAAGUCAUGUGACACUGGUCAGCAGAUACCCUAUUGUGACAGCUGUCAAUAGAUCAUAACAUGGAUGCGAGUAAGUAAGGCAUUUCACAUCCGCUAACAUUAAAAAGUGGAAGUACGAAAGGAAGAUUUUGUCGGAACCAAAUAUCUUGCAUGCAUAGAUUUACAAAAAGUUUCUAGAAAAUCCGGUUGGAUAAAGCAAAUGGAACAAAACGUUUUGGGUAGUUCCUGCGGACGAUCUCCAGGAGCAACGGAACAUCUGGAAAGGUAGUCCUGUUUUUCCCGACGGAAUAUUCCAAACGGAAAUUCGUGUUCCAUUUCUUAAGAGUCACCCUUGAUACCAGCUUCCAGGUCGUUUUUCAAUAAAUGGAAGUGAUUUGUACAAAUGGCAAAAGCGGUUGCAGGACGAAAUUUCCAAGUCCUGAAUUUUGCUUACCAUUUGCCUAAACUGUGGACCGAUAAAUCGAUAAAUCACUAUCAAGUACGCCACAAGAUUCAACUGUAAAAUGUUUACUGGUAAUGCCCUCACCUAGCUUCUGACGUCCGUCCUUAGGAGUGCGUUCCUUUGGGAUGAUCUAGAUCAGGAUCACUGAUCCGAGAUCACUCGGAUCAUGCUAGAUCAAGUGAACCGAUGACUCCUUAUCCAGAGUGGAUUCAUCGGUUCAUUUGACCUACCAUGAUCUGAGUGAUCUCGGAUCACUGAUCCUGAGCCGGAUCAUCUCAGAGGAACGCACCCUAGGACUUUGGGCUGGCAUAAACGCUUGGCAAAGCCCUGUCUGGCAGGUUUGGCCUCACCAUUCCGAUUUCAACUGAAAUUAUAUAUUACUUGUUAACCGAGAGUGGGGGCAAAUCUCAGACCGCGAGGCCUUGAUGUAUUGACCGAGCGAACGCAACGGCAAUACAUCAAGGCCGAGCUCUGAGAUUUCCCUACAAUGAGCAAACGGACGAGGUCAAUUAGUUAUAUAUUAUAUGGCCUUUUCAUCAUGGACCGCCUCAGUCAGCAUGCGAUCAAUUAAAACCAACAACUGGUCAGCAAAUAACAAGAGUUGUACACUUGAACCCGAGACACAGUGAGGUGACACUGGUCGGCGGAUGUUUUUUUUUCACAGCUUUCUGUAUGGCCAUAGGGAUGUCCACUAUUGUAUAUGCCUUGGAAACCUAGCUAGUAAUUCCCAGUCAUUACAAGAAAACAGCCGAUCAGAGAGCGCAUACUAUUGUAGCCAUGUAAAAGAUUAGGAGAGACUUUCUUUGAAAAAGUGCCCCGCUUAAUACCCACACUUUCUUUCCUGUGUGCAGAUCGGAUGCAGAAAUAGACAACAGCAUGUCUACUCGGCAGAUUUAGUCAACACAACGCCAAAUGCGAACAUGAUAGAGAGCGGAAAGGUGGAAAGGAAUUGUAGAGCUUAAUUAGCCUCUUACCAUGAGUCAUUUCGGUUUUUAGAACUGCGCGAGUCUACGUCACUGUCGUCACAUUGUCUAAUUUGCCAUAUCUGCUGACGGUCCUCUGAUUGUGGAGGAAAUUUUGGCAUGUCUUCCCCAGACAAGUUUCGCUUUGAUUACUUAGAUUUGCUACAUCAUUUAAUACCUUUUCAUCUCAUUCACCGUUCAUUUGUUUCUUGAAAGAGUGCUUGUGACGUCAAUCCAUGCCAUAACAAUUCUACCUGCCAGUCGGGAUUUACAGACCAACGGUAUCGUUGCGUAUGUGCGCAGGGUUUUACCGGCGAAGAUUGUGGACAGGGUAAGAAAAAAUGAAUUGAAAACGAUUUUGUUUUUCUACCAUUCCUUCUCACACCAUUACCAGAAGGAUGCUGCGGAUUAAGAAUUAUUUUAAGGGCCAGCUUUGAUUUCAUUUUUCUUUGUUAGGCAAAAGAAGUAAAAUAAAGCUAGGGAGUACUCUGUAUGAACCCUUGCUCACAACUUUGUGAGGUCGUCAGGACGAACGAAAGCGUACCUGGGGACAAUUAAGGGGGCAGAACAGACUCGUACCCAGACGCUAUAUAUGUGUUUUGGGUUAGGGGUUAGGGUUAGGGUUAGAAGAGAAGAUUGGGGUUCAGGUUGAGGCGCGCGCGGGAUAUCAUGGGUAGCUUUUCGCUACUAGUGGGCUAUAACAUAUAGCCCAGUAGUAGCUCAACCAAUCAGAACGCAGCAUUGAUAAUAGACCACUAGUUGGAUUUUACUAAUGAGGAAUAACUAGAAUGAUUGAGUCAUACUUCUCAAACUCAUUAAUAAUUCAUAAAGAAAAUUCAAAGGAAAUUAAUGUUUAAUGAGUGUUUGGAUAUCAGAUGAAAAACUGCUCAUUUUUGCAUCCUUAAUUUCUCCUUCAAAAAUGAUUUUGUUUGAGAAGAAAUAUCAAACAUUCGACACAGUGUUUCAUCACCAGAUGAAACACCUCGAAGUUCGUCAAAAAUACUCCGCUGCGCGUCGUAUUUUCAACUCUCUUCUCGGUGUUUCAUCUGGUGAUGAAACACUACGUCUCAUGUUUGAUAUAUUACCUCAAAUAUCAGCUCUAUUCAAGUUUUAGAGAAAUUCAUUCUUCGAAGUUCGAAAAAUGCUAUGACGAUCAAUAUUCCAUUUUCUUCUUUCUCCUCCAUGUGUUAUUAACGAGUUUCAGAGACGCCACCUAGAAUUUAUAAAGUUACUGUUAAUCGUGUGUUUGAUUUUGCUGUCUUUAAAUAAUAUAAGCAGGCAUACAUUUCGUCAUAUUUUUUAAAUGCAAUAAGAUGAAAAUAAUCUGUCGCUAUUUUCCUCCAGCUUACGAAACCGUUGGAUGUUAUAAGGACACCGCAAAUCGAACAAUCUCAAGUCUAGAAGGACAGGACCCAAUUUUAGAUGGACCAUUCACGGAACGAGAAAACGCCAUUUCCAAAUGCGCGUCGGCUGCCAUCAAAGCGGGUUUCAUUAUUUUUGCAAUUCAGGAUGGUGGUCAGUGUUUCUCUAGUGCCACUGCACCGCAAACGUUUGACAAAUAUGGAGAAUCAAAUGAUUGUCAGUCUGAUGGGGAAGGAGGACGGAUGGCCAAUCAAGUUUAUUACAUCAAAGGUACGAUAUAAUGGUCAUAGAAAAAAAAAUACUGCUCCGGGAAGGAGCAUUGCCAUCAUUGCCAUUUAUGGGCUAUAUAGGUUUAUUGUUCAUCCAAAAUAUUUCGCCGUCUCUGAUUGGUUCCAAUCUUCCGGCCAUUUUUUCAUAGGCAACUGACGCUUAUCAUAUUUGGAAGAUGCAAGCAAUGUAUCAUCGAUGCGAUGGUAUAUUUAGGUUGUUCGAUGGUAUAUUUACCUGAAAUCGAGGCUGCUUAAGUGAUAAUAAACUAAUAAACGGCUUUCUCGGCUUUCCAAAAAACCGAAGACUAAGUCUUCAACAAAGUAUACGAGGAUUUAUGCUUACUUUACUAGAACUAAGAGAUAUUUUGAAUGAAUAAUAAAACAACUAUUGAAUUGGGCUUUCGUAUGAUGCGAAGAAUUAUGCUGAUCUCGGAGGCUGUUCAGGGGCAGCCAAGGACGGUUUCCUCCUAAACGCAUUGAAAAGUCUUUUUAUGCUAUCCAGAGUACUUUUAGAUCUCUAGAAAUGUAUUCUUAGCAGCGCUAUAAAAUUUGCAUCUGUUCGGUCAUCCUAGGGGAACUUGAGGCCUUUCGAAAUUACAAGGGUUUCAGUGUUAUUUUUCCGAAAAUUUUAGAUGCAGUUGAACGUGUUACGAAAGUGAGAAUUUUUCUUGUUCUUCUUUCCAUCUCAUUUUUGAAUCCGAAAAUUUUAGGUUUUCUUUUUUUACGAAAAUUAGCCAAACAUAAGGGGUAAAAGAUUAAAAAUUACUCUUCAGAAAAUAGUAGGGAUUUUUUUAGAUAAGCUUCGAAAAUUGUACCUGAAUGGAACGCUCUUCUAGAAAUUUUUAGCCGUAUUCAAGCAAUAGAAUGUUGUAGGCAAUAUUUGCUUCUCCGAACAGAUAUUUUACAGAAAACAGUCGUUGGGUGCCCCUAGCUGUUAUCCACCCCGGCCAAUAACAUUCUUCUCGACCCGCAUAAUUAUUCACAUCCACCUCAGUCUCAUUCAAUAAAGAUGUUUAAUGUACCAUUCUGAGGGUUGUGGUUCCAAGCAGUUUAGUCUUGGAUAGGGUCAUAGAAUUGAGGGCGUUUUGGUCUAGAACGGGGUAUUAUUUUCCAGGAAACUGAAAAAAUGGGUGAUGAUUUUAGUCUGGACUUGGGAAACUGCGCAAUUGACACCCAAAAGAUGAAAUCCGAAAAUUCAAAUUUACUGACAACUCAGUUUAAUAGCAAAAGCGUCGACCUCAGCAUUGUCUGGAAAUAGCGACUCAAGGAUGGGAAGGGAUUUUGGGAGUUUUAAUAGUCAGUUAUAGGGUAACAAAAGUCAGCAAAACUAGAUCUGGUCAAGAGUCAAGAGAGGGUCUCUUGAUCUGUUAUAGACUAUAGCGGUUUCACGGUCCCAGCGGUAUAUCCCCCGAUCGAAAGUAGCACCUUAAGAUUUGCAAACUGCAACAAUCAUCGUAUGGAAUUAACCCAUUUGCUCCUGGAGAUUUUGCCGAAAAACGCCUUUUGAAGCUAGUCGAGUGUUUUUCUGGUCACUGUCGUGCUAUAAAGAGCUACAACUUACCACAAACCGGUUUACAGGUCGUACCCUUCACGGCCUUCUGAUCCAGAUGCAAAAUAUCAGCUUGCGAAGUUCGGGCAUGCGCAGAAAGCAAAAUUUCCCCUCUUUUUUCGCUUUUCGGCAUUUAGCAGGUUUUAUUUUGGUGGAAAGAGUUUGUAGGAAAGCCUUUAGGAUCUUAGGAUUAGGUGAAAGGAAAGGUAGGUGAGCAAUGGAACAAGAUUUUCAUGAAGAUUUUCAGGUCAAUAUUACAUGGUUUUUUUGCCUGUUUCUCCGGUGUCGUUGACUGAAAUGUGCUCAUUCUGGUAUGGCUUGAAAGAUCUCUUCACUCUGCACAAGUUAGCGGACAAAGUCGUCCUUGAUCGUUGAAACUGAUGACGUCACAAGGGGUGGAAAGGACGUGGAUCCGCGGGGCGGUUACGGGCGGUUCAGGGGCGAAUGGGUUAAGCAGUAGGAGAGAAUUUCGCGACACAACCAGAGUCGCACUGAACAAUUGAAAACGCAGGAUGAUAGUUGGAACUCCAAGAUCUCACACAUACUGCAGAACCUGAUCGUCAAAAGUUGGUUAGCGCUUUCCACCUGAAAAACUGCUAUUCGGUGGAUGAGUAUUACGAGAACCAAUUGUGCGCUAUCCUUCGGAUAGUAAGUUUUCCAUUGGAUAGCACUUUCUACCUUUUUGACCGCAACUGGGACCAGAUCUCUUUCUGUAUAACGGCAAAAGUUUUCCCUACCGUAUUCAUUCGAUUAACCGCCCUGGGCGCUUAUUAAAUUUUUGGACAUUGAGAAUGGGCGCUUAUUCGAGGCUGGGCGCUUAUUGAAUUUUCACCAUUUUCAACAAGUAUAGUAUGUUUUCUUUGCAACAAAACAAUAAAUGGUAAUAACGAAACGCGAAGAUGUAACAAAGCAAGGUUUCUGUAAACUACCCCUACUCUGAAGAAAACUCCGUCUUCGGGGAAGUCUGUUUAUGUCAGUAUUUAUUCAAUCUCAUUGUAACCUUAGUGGGUGGGGUGGGGGUGGGCGCUUAUUAACUUUUUCCGCCUUUAUGAUGGGCGCUUAUUUGAGGUGUGCGCUAAUUCGAGGUUGGGCGCUUAUUCGAAUAAAUACGGUGUGUCAAAAGAAAAGUGGCGAAUUAAAGGGGCUAUGUCAGCUGGAGAGCAUGCGCUCUGGGGUUAUGCAAAUUACUUUCAACUGUCAAAAUUCUAUUGUUUUUAACGCGUGACUUUCUCCAUGUGCGCUCUGAGGUUAUGCAAAUUACUUUCAACUGUCAAAAUUCUAUUGUUUUUAACGCGUGACUUUCUUCAUGUUCUCUGUCACGUCCAAGGUUCCGAAUUUAGAGAGGUUUAACAAGCGAAAUGGGUUUAGAUAAGGGAUAUUUCGAUAGAAUUUAUGGAACGUUUCUUCUCUGGUUAUGCUAGAUCAAGAACAAAAUUGUGACGACAAUUUUACUUGUAGUUUUGAAGUAAAAACGCAUGCCAUUCAUAAAAUAGAGCGCAAACAAAAAUUCAACAACAACAUAUUGUCUUAUUCAACAAAAUAAAUGGAAGUUGUAUUUUACAAACGAGCUACAAAAGACGCUAGACCGAAGAUAAAGACCAAGACUGUUUCAAAUCAUUAACAAUUAGACUUGUCUGUCGCUAUUGAUUUUAUAAUUUAGAUGCUGAUAGAACAAGAGACCAAGUCUUUGUUUUGAUCUUAGGGAAACAUACAUUAUCGCGCAAAAUUGUUCGAUCGUGCCGAAUCACUGCGACGUCGAGAAAAACAGAACCCAGCAUCAUUGGUAUACUUCUCCACUAUAAGCAGUCCGUUGAUAAAAAGGGAAAGUAAACUCUGCUAUUUUCCAAAAUUAUGGUCGAACACAAACAGUUCAAAAACAUGGCAUUUACAGGAUCUAACUCGUACUAAGGUGCCUCUCUAAGUCCGUUGAGAACAAUCUGGACGAGCAAACGGUCGUGUUUAUCUUUGCCGUGAAUCGAGAUAAAUACAAGAAGGAAUCUAGCCGAAUUUUAGAAUGUUUCCUUCGCCAGGAGUUUAGUUUCGUCACGAAACUCAUGGCCUGAUGCUCUUGUAAUCGUUUACAAAAAACGGCCGCCGCCAACUCGAUAGCCGCUUCAUUAUAUGUCCACAUACUUUGAGUACAAGAAAAAUCCAAGAGCCAGCAGCCUCUAAAAUAACUCAAUAGAAAGGUCCUGUGAACUAUAGGGAAGAUUCCAUCAAAGAUUCCAUCACUCAUUGUGGAGUAGCCGUCAUUAACUCUGCCAUUACAACGGCCGCUGAUAAGAGGACAGAGUAAAUCCACGUAAAAACAUUCCACAGGCAAACAAUUUUAAAAUAACGCCAAAAAAUUGUUCUGUAAUCACCAUAGAACGAUUCUUAAUACAAAACUUCGCUAACUAUCGAGCGAUGGCUGAGAUUUAGACAGAUAAAAACAGCCUUCCAAAAUCUCCGACACAACUUGAAAAAGUUGGGCCGUCUUUUUCAAGUUUGUUUUCAUUGGCUCGCGCAUGCGUAUUGUGUGACAUAGCCCCUUUAAAUAAAACCUGAACACGUGUGGACGGGGUCUAAUUACGCGGGAUGACGUAGUCAGCCAACGUCAUAAAUUCGGUUAGGCAUUUCUUUCGUAUUUUUUGGUUAUUCAUUAGUACCAACGCAAAUUCCAUUUUUCAGGAUAUGAUAGCGUUGGAUGCUACAGAGAUACCGGCGAUCGCGCAAUUCCACCCCUGGAGAGGAGGGAUCCUAUUUUGGACGGACACUACCGAGUUCGAAAAAAUGCAAUUGCCAAGUGUGCGGUAGCUGCAAUAAGAGCAGGUUACAGUAUUUUUGGUGUUCAGAAUGGCGGAUGGUGUGCAUCUAGUGCUUCAGCUCCCCAAACAUUUGACAAACAUGGGGAAUCUAACGCUUGUGAAGCUGAUGGCGAAGGUGGACCUUGGGCCAAUCAUGUUUAUACUGUAAUAUAG